AGCCGCUGCUGGAGGAUCGUUUUAAAGGGCCCGCGCGCCGCCGCCCCCUCGGCCCGCCAUGCUGCUACCCGUGCCGCUGCUGCUCGGCCUUCUCGGCCUGGCCGUCGCUGAGCCCGCCGUGUACUUCAAGGAGCAGUUUCUGGACGGAGAUGAUUGGACCUCCCGCUGGAUCGAAUCCAAACACAAGUCAGAUUUUGGCAAAUUCGUCCUCAGUUCCGGCAAGUUCUAUGGUGACCAGGAGAAGGAUAAAGGACUGCAAACUAGCCAGGAUGCCCGCUUUUAUGCCCUGUCGGCAAGAUUUGAGCCUUUCAGCAACAAGGGCCAGACGCUGGUGGUGCAAUUCACCGUGAAGCAUGAGCAGAACAUUGACUGUGGGGGCGGCUACGUGAAGCUGUUUCCGAGUAGUUUGGACCAGAAGGACAUGCACGGAGACUCGGAAUAUAACAUCAUGUUCGGACCGGACAUCUGUGGCCCUGGCACCAAGAAGGUUCAUGUCAUUUUCAACUAUAAGGGCAAGAACGUGCUAAUCAACAAGGACAUCCGGUGCAAGGAUGAUGAAUUCACACACCUGUACACACUGAUUGUCCGGCCUGACAACACCUAUGAGGUGAAGAUUGACAACAGCCAAGUGGAGUCCGGCUCCUUGGAGGACGAUUGGGACUUCCUGCCCCCCAAGAAGAUAAAGGAUCCUGAUGCUGUCAAGCCAGAAGACUGGGAUGAGCGCGCCAAGAUUGAUGACCCCACAGAUUCCAAACCUGAGGACUGGGACAAGCCAGAACACAUCCCUGAUCCUGAUGCUAAGAAGCCAGAGGACUGGGAUGAAGAGAUGGAUGGAGAGUGGGAACCACCAGUGAUUCAAAACCCUGAGUACAAGGGCGAGUGGAAGCCACGGCAAAUUGACAACCCCGAUUACAAGGGCACCUGGAUCCACCCUGAAAUUGACAACCCUGAGUACUUCCCAGAUGCCAGUAUCUAUGCUUAUGACAACUUUGCUGUGCUGGGCCUGGAUCUCUGGCAGGUCAAGUCUGGCACCAUCUUUGACAACUUCCUCAUCACCAACGAUGAGGCAUAUGCAGAGGAAUUUGGCAAUGAGACGUGGGGUGUCACAAAGGCAGCAGAAAAGCAGAUGAAGGAUAAACAGGACGAGGAGCAGAGGCUUAAAGAAGAGGAGGAGGACAAGAAGCGCAAGGAGGAGGAGGAGGCGGAGGACAAGGAGGAUGAGGAAGACAAAGAUGAGGAUGAGGAUGAUGAAGAGGACAAGGAGGAAGAUGAAGAGGAAGAUACUGCUGGCCAGGCCAAGGACGAGCUGUAGAGGCCAUGCCACCCACCUCCAGGGCUGGACUGAGGCCUGAGCGCUCGUGCUGCAGAGCCCGGCCGCGCCAAAUAAUGUCUCUAUGAGACUCGAGAACUUUCAUUUUUUUUCCAGGCGGGUUCAGAUUUGGGGUGGAGUUCAGUUUUGUUCCCCCCGCCUUUCUUUUUUUUUUUUUCUUUUUUUUUUUUUUACUGGUAUUUUGUUUUCAAUUCUCCUUCAGCCCUCUCCCCUGGCUCUCAUCUUUGUUAAUCAACAUCUUUCCCUUUUCUCUCCCCUUCUCUCCCCAUCCCUGAGUUACUACCCUCCAACUUUGGGGGCAGGAGUGUGAAGGAGAAGCCCUAGGCUUGAGAUUCUAUCUGCUGUCCUUCCUGGAGCCCAGAGGGGGGCAGGAGAAAGGGGUGUGGCAUCUCUGGCCCCCCCCAGCACUGAGGAAGAAUGGGGCUCUUCCUGUCCUCCCUUUUCCUCUCCCCUGCCCCAGGACUGGACCACUUCUGGGUGGGGCAGUGGGUUGUAGCUCAGCUCACACUGAGAAUGUAAGAACUACAAACAAAAUUUCUAUUAAAUUAAGUUUUGUGUCUUC